AUCAAGGUGACUAUCCUGCUCGAUGUGAUUUUCAGGAUGAUUUAUGCAACUGGAUUCAGGUUAACACUGAUGACUUUGAUUGGCUGCGUCAUAAAGGGUCUACAAGUACGCCAAACACUGGUCCGAAUAGUGACCACAGCGGCAAUACAGAUCAUUAUUACAUGUAUAUGGAAGCAACUGGAAACACAAUUUAUGACUCAACUAAACUUGCAUUAGCACAGCAAUUCAAGAGUACUACAGAUGGAUCAUGCAAGAUAAGAUUCUUUUACCAUAUGUAUGGUACCGACGUUGAUGAACUCAAACUGAAAAUGUUGACAAUGACAUCACACAGAGAAACAGAAAUCUUUAAACAAGAUGGCAAUGAAGGGGAUGCAUGGCACUUGGAGAAGAUAACACUGAACAGUAGUGAAAGUUUUCAGCUGUUUUUUGUUGCAGUUGUCGGGCGUAAUCAGUUUGCAGAUAUUGCAAUUGAUGAUAUUUCUUUCACAACAGGAUGUCAAUUAGACAAUAGCAGCUGUGCUCUUCCGGAAGAUACUCCUCAAUUCACGUGUCUCAAUAGCGGUGAAUGCAUCUCAGAAGAGCACACAUGUGAUUAUCACCAUAAUUGUAUUGAUGGAACUGACGAAGCACAUGAUCUCUGUGAUUCAAGACCAGGGCAGUGUGACUUUCAGGAUGGAUUUUGUUCUUGGAAGCAAUCUUGUCAUGAUGACUUUGACUGGAAGAGAAUCAAAGGUCAAAACUCUGUAGCGGGACCUUACAGAGAUCACUCACUAAGAAACAGUUUAGGUUUCUAUGCAUACAUUGAUGCUAGUGCACAACAAACCAAUGAAGUUGCUGAGCUAAGGAGUUUGACUUUAUCUACGUCUCCCACUGAGCUAUGCAAGAUUCGCUUCUACUACUACAUGUAUGGCACUAAUUUUGGAACUUUGAAAGUAAUUGUCAAAGAUAAAUAUUCUAAUGGAACAAUGGAGAAAUGGGCAAUUAGUGGUGAGAAUGCAAUUCGUCUUGUUGGAGGUUCUUCAGCACAUGAAGGUCGUGUAGAAGUGUGGUAUGAUGGACAAUGGGGUACAGUAUGUGAUGAUGAUUUUGGUACUAGUGAUGCCAGAGUCAUUUGUCUUGAAUUAGGUUAUCCAAAUGAGGAUGGCACAGAAAGUUUUGGUCCAGGCUCUGGUCCAAUCUGGUUGAGUCAUCUGAGUUGUCUGGGGAAUGAGGCAUCAGUGUUUGAGUGUCAUAAUGAUGGACUAUUCAAUCAUUUAGAUUGUGAUCAUUCUGAAGAUGCUGGUGUUCGAUGUGUGGCAUCAGGUCAAUCUUAUCAGAUUCGAUUGUCAGGAGGAAGAGAAAAUGUACCUUUUGAAGGCAGGGUUGAAAUUUAUCACAAUGGUGAGUGGGGAACGAUAUGUGAUCCAACAUUUGGCAACAGUGAGGCAGCUGUAGUCUGUAAUCAGCUUGGUUAUGAUGGACUCCAUGAGGUUAAACAUUUUGGACCUGGUGUUGAUCCUAUCCUGAUUGGUAGCAUUGAUUGCUGUGGCCAUGAAUCAUCAUUGGCAGAGUGUGAGCAUUCUAAUUGGGGUGUGCAUACUUGUAGUCAUUCCCAAGAUGUUGGUGUUAUAUGCAAAUAUGGACCACUGGAUUAUGAUGAUUACCAGGGUAGAUUGCAGAUUUAUCAUGAUCAUGAGUGGGGAACAAUUUGUUCUUUGGGGUGGACUACAAACAGUGCCACUGUCGCUUGUAAACAACUGGGCUUCAGUGUUGCUAUUGUUGAUAUUACAGAUGAAUUUGGAGAAGGUAAUGGACCCAUACACCUUAGUCAGGUACAAUGUAGUGGAACUGAGUCAAGUUUGUCAGCGUGUAAUGUACAGUGGGGUGGUAAUAGUUGUGAUCAUUCCAAUGAUGUUGGUAUCAAAUGUGCAAAUUCUCAGCUUACUCUGUCAUUAUUGACUGAUACAACACAUAACAAUGAAGGAUGCCUCCACUUACAAGAUAAUGAAGGAGAGAAACAAGUUUGCCUGAAUGGUGGAACACCUGAAACACUGACUGUCAUAUGCAGAGAGCUGGGAUUCAGCGCCUUUCACAGCUUAAACUCUACUAAAAAAUGUUCACCUAGUGGUUUAUCAAGAGUUAUGUCAUUGGCUAACUGUGUUGGUGAUGAGUUGCAGUUGACCUCCUGUUCAUCGUAUGCAUGGAUAUCAGCUAAAGGUCUAUUCUGUAGUGAUACUAAUGGGGACCGUGAAUUGGUAUGCACAGCUGAAAUGACAACAUCAGUAUCGUCAUUAUCUACUCAAUCACUGAUCAAAUCAACUGAUUUGACACCAACAUCUAAUCCUGUGGAGUGUAUAUUUAACAUCAUAACAACAUGUAACAACGUUCAGCAUUCAGCAACAUACAGCUGCACUGAUAGAAUUGCUAAAAUUUGGUCUCCAAAUCACCCAAAAAUCUAUGAGACAGAUAGAGAAUGUUCAUGGAAGGUGCAAUCAACCACCCAAGAUGCCAUUACUAUACAGUUUGAAGCAUUCAUGACUGAACCAAACUAUGAUUACCUCUAUAUCUAUGAUGGCAAUUCAGUUCAGAGUAAAUCUCUAGGCGAGUAUUCUGGAUCAAGAUUUCCACAAUCUGUUACAACAUCAACAAAUCAAGUCUACAUCAAAUUUGACUCAAACCAUGUGACAACGUUAUCAG